UCAAGUGGCCGAGGGGGUGGCGAGGGCAGGGGCAGACUCUCGGCAUGGCUCGGCCACGCAGGAUUUUCAGGAGGGAGCCCCGGGCUGAGGAGCUGCCCGUCUUUUCCGUGAUGGGAGCUCGUGGGGACACUCCGGCAGUGCCCAUCUCGGUGCUGCGACCCCGCAGCCAGCCAAGCUGCCGCUGACACACGGGGCAAGGCCACCCAGAGGCACAUCCUGCACAGCCAGUGCUGCCUGCCUUGGGGUCGGGGCAGUCCUGAGGGUCCGCAGCUUCUCUGCUCAGGUUCAUGUUACAGAUAGCCAUGAAGCAGCCCCCAGCAGCACCCCCGGCCCGGGUCGGCACUGGAGCUGGGAUAGCCGAGCACUGGCAGAAGCUGCAUAACACAGACUGGCAGUCCCCAACAGCCCAGGCCCUGCCGGACACUGCCGUUUGCACAUGUGCCCCUCGCACGGGGGGUGCCGGAGGUACCCACGGCUGUGGCUGCGUGUGCAGGACGCGGGGAGCGGUGUUUUCGGGGGGAAGAAGGCUUCGCGUCCAGUCUGGAGGUGGCCAGGCGAGCCGCUGUCUGUGCCGCUGCUGGCAGCCAGCCGGGCUCGGCGGGACACAGACCUGCAUCCUCCCCGACCGUCCGUUCCGCUGUCUCCUCCCAGCUGUGAGCCCACAAGGAGUGGCAGUUGGGGGCUAUAUAAAGGCAGGGAAACCUCAGCCAGCUCAAAAGAAAGUCUUGGAGCUGGUGGUGUUCUCCCUCCCUCCUGCCUUCACGUGAUUCAGCUUCCCCACGCCGGGAGCCAAGGACAAGCCUCGCUGUGCGGGAUGGCUGCCGGUGGCUGCCUUCUUCUCCUCCUUUUGCCCUCGCUGCUCGCAGCUUCACACAGCCCUCCUGGCUGUAAAAUCCGGAUUACUUCUAAGGGGCUGGACCUGGUGAAGCAGGAGGGGCUGCGCUUUGUGGAGCAGGAGCUGCAGAACAUCACGGUGUCAGACCUGCAUGGGAAUGAGGGGCAGUUCCAGUACAACAUCAGCCAGGUCAAGGUGACAGACCUGCAGCUGGCCUUUUCAGACCUGAACUUCCAGCCACAGCAGAACCUUGUCUUCAACAUCAACAAUGCUUCCAUUAGCCUACGUUUCCGCAGGCAGCUGCUCUACUGGUUCUUCUACGACAUUGGGUCCAUCAAUGCCUCUGCGGAUGGUGUCUACAUCCACACAGUGCUGCAGCUGGCCAAGGAUGAGGCUGGGCGCCUCAAGAUCUCCAAUAUGACCUGCAAUGCCUCCAUAGCGAGAAUGCACGCUGGCUUCUCUGGCACACUCAGGAAGGUCUAUGAGUUCCUGAGCACCUUCAUCGUCACAGGGAUGCGCUUCCUCCUCAGCCAGCAGAUCUGCCCAUCCCUGGAGCAUGCCAGCCUGGUGCUGCUGAACUCUUUGCUGGACACAGUGCCUGUGAGAAACUACGUGGAUGAGCAUAUUGGGAUUGACUACUCCCUCCUACGGGAUCCGUCCAUCACCACCGACACCCUUGAGCUCGACUUCAAGGGCAUGUUCUUCCCCCGGGUGAGAGAGGACCAGGAGCUGGAGAACCACGCGGUGGAGCCGGUGAUCAAGGAGACUGAACGCAUGGUUUACGUUGCCUUCUCUGAGUACUUCUUCGACUCAGCCAUGCACUCGUACUUCCAGGCAGGAGUACUGACCAUAGAGCUCCAGGGGGAGAAGGUGCCCAAGGACCUGGAGGUUUUGCUGAGAGCCACAUUCUUUGGGACCAUCUUCAUGCUGAGCCCUUCUGUGGAUGCCCCGCUGCGGCUGGUGCUGCAGGUCUCUGCUCCCCCCCGCUGCACCAUCAAACCCUCGGGGACCUCAGUUUCUGUCUCUGCUUUCCUGAACAUCUCACUGGUGCCCCCGGAUCGCCCACCUGUCCAGCUCUCCAGCAUGGCCAUGGAAACCAAGCUGAGUGCCAAGGUGUUUCUGCAAGGGAAGGCGCUGCGUGUGCAGCUGGACCUACGACGGUUCCGCAUCUAUUCCAAGCAGUCAGCGCUGGAGUCGCUUGCGCUGUUCUCACUGCAGGCCCCACUGAAGACCCUGCUGCAGCUGACCAUCAUGCCCAUCAUUAACGAGAGGACAAAGAAGGGGGUGCAGAUCCCACUGCCCGAAGGCAUGGACUUCACCAGGGAGGUGGUCACCAAUCAUGCGGGAUUCCUCACAGUGGGAGCUGAUCUCCACUUCUCCAAGGGGCUGCGGGAGGUGAUUGAGAAAUACCGCCCGGUGCCGACCACUGCUGCCUACUCCAGCUCCCAGCCUGCAGAGCCCAGCCCGGACCCCAGCUCGCUCUAGCUCUCCUCCCUGGACCAAGGGCAGAUCCCGGGCUGGACCCGUAGACUGUAGGUAGGAAGCAGCUUCCCUGGUACCACCAGCACAUUGUCAGGGCGUCCAGGCCCUGGUUGGGCGCAGCAAGGUGGAGAGGGUGCUCUGGGAAUCCCUGCUGCAGCCCUGCUCAUUACACUAAUAAACCACCUGACUCCAACCACAUGGCCUCGUUGCCUGGAGGACAUGUCCAUGCUGGGGAGAUGGAAAGGAAGCAGCUGAUGCUGCUGCCCAGCUUGGGUCCUUAGGAGCAGAUGCAGCUUAGUGCAGUGCCAGAGGGCUCAGAGUGACUCUGCUGCUGUCACAUGUGGGUCACUCAUUUCCAGGAUGCAGGGACCCCUACAGAAAGGGCACAGCUCAGAGCCCAGGGCUCCCUGGCAAAGGGCAUUGUCACUCACUGGUGCUCCUCAGAGAGCAGAGGAAAGCGAAGCAGGGGCUGGCACAAAGGUGCGAGGAGGAGCAGAACCACCUUGGUCAGAGUUUAUUGCGAGUUCCUGAAGCACUGCAUGCCCUGGCAGUGGGAUUGUUGUGGUAGUGGUGGUAAGUCUCCUUCAGUGGGAGCAGAGGUGGUGGGAGCCAAGGUAGAGGUGAGUAGGACCCAGCUGCUCCCUGCUGCUGCUCCUCAUAGCCUGCCCAGGCCGUGUGCGUGUGGGGCCAAGGGGAAGUGCUGGGGAUUGCUCCCUGCCUGGGAGGGAAGCAGCUGCCACCACAGACAGGGAGGAGGCAAGACAGGAAGCCACAAAGGAGGAGGUGGCUGCAGUAGGUGCACAAUGCCUCUCCCACAAGGACAGAGUCCCCCAGCCCAUGCUCCCUACCCUGUCUAGCCGGGGGAAGGCUGCAGGCGUGACAGGCCCCUGUAGCUGAGCAGCAGCGAGGACGGGCUGUGUAAGGUGCCGGUGGUGAGGGCGGGUGGGGUGCUGAGAGCAGCUGGAGCGCCGGGCACUGCUCUGCAGCUCUUA